AUGCCGGAGACCUGGCAGCCCCUCUUGGCCGAGGCCGAGGCCUUGUUCAAGGCUUCGAAGUUCUUCGACGGAGUGAACAAGGUAAACAAGAGCAUGGAGCUCUUCGAGACUGAGGUUGGGGGCUCCGGCUCGCAGAUCCUCAAGGAUCCAGCCACGUUCGUAGCAGAGAUCACGCCGAAGCUGUCGGCCGAGCAGAAGUCCGCCCUGCGAAAGAUGUACGAGGUGCGGGGCGACCUGCUGUCCGGCCUGGGGGCCCUCAAGCGUGCCGCGACCGAGUAUGGAUCCGCGGCGAUCUUGGACCCUGCCAGCGAGGAGAUCAAGGCGAAGAAGGCAAAGGUGGAGGCGGCUGAGAAGGACUCUUUGUCGGAGGACUCCGACAAGAAAGUGCCAGUGUCGGUCCUCACUGGCUUCCUCGGGAGCGGCAAGACGACCCUGCUGAACCACAUCCUGCAGGCGCAUCACGGCAAGCGGAUCGCAGUCAUCGAGAACGAAUUCGGGGAGGUUGGCAUCGACGACUCCCUCGUCAAGGCGGGCUCCCUGGCCUCCGAGGAGAACAUCGUAGAGAUGAACAACGGCUGCAUCUGCUGCACUGUGCGUGGCGACCUGAUCGCGGGGCUUAAGAAACUCAUUAAGAACUCCAAGAAGACGGGCAAGCCGCUUGAUGGUGUGAUGAUCGAGACCACUGGCCUAGCGGACCCAGCGCCGGUGGCGCAAACCUUCUUCGCGGACGAGUAUGUGCAGCAGCACAUGCGCUUGGAUGGUAUCCUGACGCUUGUGGACGCGGCGCACGUCAUCCAGCAUCUCGACGACGAGAAGCCGGAGGGCGUGGAGAACGAGGCCGUGGAGCAGAUCGCGUUCGCGGACCGUAUUCUUUUGAACAAGUGCGACCUGGUGGAAGAGGCCACGCUCGUUGAGGUGGAGAAAAGAAUCCGCGCCAUCAAUGCCACGGUGCCCAUCAAGCGGACCACGAACAGCGAGGUGGAGAUGGAUUUCGUCCUUGGCAUCCGCGGUUUCUCCCUCGACAAGAUCAUCGAUAUGGACGACGCGUUCUUGGAGGACAGCCACGACCACCAGCACGAUAACCGCGUCUCGUCCGUCGGCAUCGAUGUCCCUGGGGAGGUGGUGCAGCAGAAGCUCAAUCAGUGGAUCGGGUGGCUGCUGAAGGAGAAGGGAGUGGACCUGUUCCGCUCCAAGGGCGUCCUGGCAGUGAAGGGCAUGAAGGAGAAGUUUGUCUUCCAGGCGAUCCACAUGCUCUUCGCAAACUCGCAGGAGGGCGCCUGGGGUCCCGACGAGGAGAGGAGGUGCAAGAUGAUUAGGCAGAAUCUUGACAGGGAGGAGCUCACUAAAGGAUUCAUGGCGUGCAUGGCGAAGCAGUGA